UUUUGAAGUUUGUUUACGUUUUAAUAGUCGCUUGCUGCAAUGUUAUGUCAUUGAUUUGGGACAGAGAAAAAUGCACUUUGGAAAGAUAGCUAGGCUAAUCGAUGAAUGUAAUCAGCAUUUCGAAAUGGUGUAUUGUAUAAAAUCAUUUUUUAUUAGCAUAUCAAUUAUGAAUCUGUAAUAAUAAAUUCGUUUUUUUAUCAUGUGUUAGAAAAAGUAAUUUUAGCAUUUUAUUUAAAGUAACUUUAGCAUUUAAGCCUUACAAGAACUUCACAACUUUCACUGCUUGAGUUUACUUUCUUUUUGCUACUUGGAGGAUCAAACGUUAAGGAAGAACGAGGAAGCAACGUUAAGAAUUAGAUCAGACACAAUGGAUUACUCUAAAAUUUCAUUAGAAGAUUUUCCUCCUGGACCUCUGGAUUCAUAUCGCAAGAAAGCCAGUUUCAAUUGGAAAGAACUAAAAUUUAUAUUGGAAGGAGAAGAUGUGGCCAAAUAUCAAUUAUACAUCUGGAAAACUUUAGAAGCAGAUCCUUUGUUUCAUCGUUCAACUACAGAACAGAUGAAUUGGCUAGAAGAACAUCAUCUUGCAUUCAAGAGGUUUAUACGUAUGACAGAGUAUAAUUUUUUACCACCUGAACUUUUAGCUGAAAAAAUGCAUUUUUCAUCUGCUUGUUCUAAUGCUCUUGCAAUGUAUGAUUUGGCUACCUACAUAAAAAAAUCUUUAGCUGUUGAGUACCCUUCAUUUGUAAUCAGAAGCAACGGUACUAGCCGGCAUAUGAAGCUUAUGGAACCAUUUACUAAAAUGGAGAUAACAGGCUGCUUUGCAUUAACUGAGAUAAGUCAUGGAACAAAUACAAGAGGAAUGAGAACAAGGGCAACAUAUGAUCCUAAGACACAAGAAUUUGUAUUUCAUUCUCCUGAUUUUCAAGCUGCUAAAGUAUGGUCUGGAAAUUUGGGCCAAUUAGCUACACAUGCUGUCGUGUGGGCUCAACUGUACACACCUGAUGAAAAAUGUCAUGGCUUACAUGGUUUUGUUGUGCCCGUAAGAGAUCCUAAAACUCGACUUCCUUACCCAGGUAUUACAGUUGGUGAUCUUGGGCCAAAGCUGGGCUUGAAUGGAAUUGAUAAUGGUUUCAUAAUGUUUAACAACUACAGAGUGUCACGAGAGUGUCUGCUCAAUAAGCAUGGCGAUGUAACUCCUGAUGGAAGAUAUGUUUCUCCAAAGAAUGUAAAUGAAAGGUUUGGUGAAUCAAUGGGUGCUUUAUCUAUGGGUCGUACUGGAAUAAUUAUGCUAUGUGUAAAUUUCUUAAGACUUAGUGUACCUAUAGCAGUCCGCUACUCUGCUGUGAGACGACAAUUUGGUCCUUCUCCUGAUGAAGAAUUGCCUGUUUUAGAAUACCAAGUGCAGCAAUGGAGGCUUCUACCCUAUGUUGCUGCUACAUAUGUGUGCUAUUAUUUUGCCAGAGAUUUUUACCAAGAUUUUAUUGAUUAUUUUGUAGCAACUUUGUUCAGCCCCAGUUCUUCUGAAUUAAAUGAGAAAAAAGCCUACAUCCAUGCAUUGAGUUGCUGCGGAAAGGCUGUUACUGGUUGGAUUGCUCGAGAUGGAAUUCAAGAAUGUAGGGAAGCAUGUGGAGGCCAUGGUUAUUUGAAAGCUGCUGGUUUCGGGAAUCUACGUAAUGAUAACGAUGCAAACUGUACAUAUGAAGGAGAUAAUAAUGUAAUUUUGCAACAAACAAGUAACUAUUUGCUGAAUAUGUUGAAGAGGAAGCAUUCAGGGGAAGAUAUGCCAUCAUUUUUGCAAGACCUUUCCUUCAUGGAUGAAAUGCAUGGAAUAUUGAAAACUAAGUAUCUGCCCAAAUCUGAAACAGAUAGCAUUGAACUUCCAGAAAUUAUUCGAAUGUAUGAAUGGUUAGUAUGUUACUUGCUUGAAAAAAGUGCUGCAAAAUUUGAUGCUGAAUUACAAAGAUGCAAAAAUACAUUUAUAGCUCGCUGUAAUUCCCAAGUGUUCAUGUGCCAUACUCUAGCUAUAGCAUAUUUUCAGAUGGUAGCCUUGAAAAGGUUUGCAAAAUUAAUAAUGGAACAAAAUAAUCCUUCAAAUAAGUUGAUCCUGAUAAAGUUAGGAAGAUUAUAUGGAUUGUGGACCAUUGACAAGCAUCUAGCUAUAUUAUAUGCAGGUGGCUUCAUCUCUGGUAGUUUACCAAAUACUGUAAUUAAAGAAAACAUUUUACGCUUAUGCACAGAAUUAAAGAAUGAAGCUGUCUCUUUGGUUGAUGUAUUUGCUCCUCCCGAUUUUAUUUUGAACUCUGCCCUUGGAAAAUCAGACGGCCAAGUAUAUAAACAUUUGCAAGAUGCCAUAAUGAACACACCUGGUACUAUGGAAAGGCCUUAUUGGUGGAGAGAAUUUCUUGAGAAACCUGAAAUCAAGUCUCCAAAAGCUAAACUAUAAUAUGUUACAGUAAUAA